AUGAAGUUCACUCUAUUCAGCAUCUUCGUCGCUCUCCCAGCCAUCAUGGCUGCUCCGCUCGCUGCACCUGAAGCAGCGCCCGAUGCGGCUCCCGCCGCUGCCCCCGAGGCUGUCCCCAAUGACUACGGACAGUACGCCAACUACGGAGACUACCCUCCUCCCGACGGUGGUUACGGAACAUACGCCGACUACGGCAGCUACUAG